AGUCUGGCUCGAGGACGGAUGCUCAUAUUUUUCACAAUCCAGUUCGUCGCAGCUUGCCAUGGAAGUUCGUUCAUCCUGCCAGAGCCGCUGCUUUGUUCUCGCUCGGCCAACACGGUGCAGGUCGAGGAGGCUGCGACCGAUGGCUUCGCGUGCCCGGAGUGGUUCUCGGGGAACACGUGCUGCUCGCGAGAGGACACGGCUUCCAUCACGGGGAAAGUGGAAGACGCCCUCCGGUUCGUGGCCCAGGUUCUGGACGAGCAGAAGAGCGAGCUCGAACAGGCAGGGCCGAUCGAGGGCGACGGGUGUGUGGGGGAGAUGUCGCGCGCUCUCGACUCGCGGGCCGCAAGCUACGCUACAGCGCGAGAAGCCGCGGAGAGGGGCGUGCAGAUACUGCAGGGCGCGGCCAUGCAUCUGCUCUGUGCGGCGUGCUUCGUGUGCGCCGUGCCCGGGAAGACGAGGCAGGUGGAGAACUUCACCGUGCGAGCAUUGCGCUCUCUGCAGGAGGCGUUGGGCGACGUCUACGAGAGGCAGGAGGUCGCGGACCAGCUCAUCAGCCCUGCGUGCAGGCUGCGCUACCUGGAGUCGCUGACGCAGGGGGUGCGCUUCCCGCGGUGGGGGAGCUUUGAGCCGGCGAUGCUCUACGCUGGCGACGUUGGCCCGAAGGAGGCGUUCGCGAGUUGGACGGACAGAUCGAACGCCAGAUCACCUGCAACAUGGAGGAACAACCGCAGGAAGAGCGCAACACAUGCGUAUGGAUACUGGUAUUCUUCCAUGCUGUCGCCAUAGUUGGGCCUCCUCUGGGGUGGGGGAGGCUCGUCGCUACUUGUAGAUUCGCCUCGAGAUCCUAGUCAGAGCGCGCUCCGGGAGAGGUCUGGAGAGUAGCGGUAAGUUUUUGUGCCACCAGGCACUGACACGUGUUGUGAGAUUAUGUCGUCGUCAUUCCCCCUCAUCCGUCUCCUCCACCUUUCCUUCCAACUCCAGUCCCGACUCCGCCUCAUCCUGGCCGUUCUGCUUUUGCCCUCCUCCGCCCUUCCCCU